AUGCCUCCAUCGCCGAAAAGAGAGCUCAACUCAAGGCCUCUCUGGCUUCUGGAAAGCCCCUCAGAUCCCUCAAUUGCAAAUGACAAGACACUUCGGGAGGAUUUCAAGUAUGAUGAGUCAAAAGAAGACGAGAUCGACAUUGAUGACGAAUAUGCUUUAACAUCCGGUGUUAUCGAUCCUCGCCCACUGGUCACCACUUCUCGUUCGCCCUCUGCUCGUCUGGGAGCCUUUGCGAAGGAAAUCCGUCUGCUUCUUCCAACUGCCAUUCGCCUUAACCGUGGUAACCUUGUUUUGCCCGAUCUCGUCUCAAGCGCAACCUCUGCCUCUCUGACCGAUAUGAUCCUGCUGCACGAACACCGUGGUACUCCCACUGCUCUCACCGUUUCCCACCUUCCUCACGGUCCAACCGCUAGUUUCUCUUUGCACAAUGUCGUUCUCCGGGCCGAUAUCCCGAACGCCGCUCGUGGCACCGUCUCAGAGAGCUACCCGCAUUUAGUCUUCGAGGGAUUUAAGUCCAAGCUGGGUCUUCGUGUUGUUCAGAUCCUCAAGCAUCUGUUCCCUCCCCGUGAGACCGGCAAGGUUGGUAACCGUGUCGUGACUUUUGUCAAUAAGGAAGAUAGCAUCGAAGUCCGUCACCAUGUCUUUGUCAAGACAGGAUACCGAGAUGUCGAGCUUGCCGAGGUUGGCCCGCGCAUGACUAUGCGUCUGUUCGAGAUUCGGGGUGGCACACUCGAAAAGGGAAGUUCAGGUGAUGUUGAAUGGGCUCUUACUCAGUAUACGAGAACCAGCCGGAAGAAGGAUUACCUGUGA